AUGGUGGUAGUAUGUCUGAUCCUUUGGUUUCAUCAGGCCGGAAUUUCUGCCGCAGUUUAUGAGCGACAUCCGAAUGAAAAGUACAAAAAGCGAUCAGGAAAAUGGACCAUGGCUCUCCAUUGGUCAAUUCCUCAUAUCCAAGCAUGCCUUGCACCCGAGCUCUUUGAGCAACUGAAGUCCGUGGAGAGCAAUCCGUGGGAGGAACAAGACCCGAAGGUAGUUGGAAAUAUCCCAGUCAUAAACGGACGCUCCGGGGAACUACUAGCAAAUAUUCCUAUGCCGAGUCCUAAGCGGAUCGUGAGGGGCAAGCUACGCGAUCUCUUCAAUGUGGAUAUCGAUGUCCAUUACGGUCAGGCCUUGACAGAUAUCCAAGUUGGCUCUAAUGGAAUCACAGCCAUUUUCAACGGUGGUGAAAUGGUCGUUGAUGGGACGGUUCUCAUCGGUGCCGAUGGCGUUGCCGACAUUGUGAAUCCUGAAAGCCCGGAGACGUGGGUCUUUCAGUUCACUCUCUCAAUUUGGACUGACGAGAACCCUCCCACCUCUCAAGGAGAGCGUAGACAUCUUUUCAGAUCUUACCUCUCAACUUACUGUGAGCCAUACAGAUCGGUCGCGGCGUGGCUGGCGGAUGAUAUUGAUGUUGGGGGGGAAUCGUUCCACUACUGGGGGAACAUUGCCCCUUGGAAUAACCACGAUGGUCGAGUAACCCUAGCUGGGGACGCAGCGCACCCUAUGGUUCCUUUCCGCGCACAGGGCCUGAACAAUGCACUCGAAGACGCCAGUCUCUAUGUCGAUGCUAUCAAAGGUGUCUGCUAUGAGAACAAGGAUUUGAAAACGAACAUUCGAGCUUACGAUGAGUCUGUUUACCGGCGGGGCAAAGCCGACAUCAAUCUCUCGAACGACCAGAUGUUCUCCUAUCACCACUGGGAUUCGGUCAUGGGUGGACCUCUGAUGCGGAAUGGAUAUUCGAAGAACCAGUAA